UAGCCAGAGCGCUCCUGCUUCAUCCUCCCCAAGUCAUCCACCAGCGUAGCCAUCUCAUUUCCCACGCUGCCCCAGCCGAAAAAUGGCUUCCUUGUCAUGUAUGGUUCAACUUCUGGCAGCCCCAAGAUCUUGCCGUGCUGUGUCGUGUCGUGUCAUUGUCAGUGCGCUCUCCUAGCCAUCCACCCGACCCGACCGAUCGUCGCUCGCCCUCCCGCCUAUUUUGCUCGCAUUCCCCUGCGCAGCUGUCCUCGACGACCUUGUGUAAGGUAGCAGGCAGUAGCAGGAAGAGAGUGAGAGAGAGAGAGAGUAUGGAACGAAGAAAUCCCCCUCAAGUAUCGGCUGGACUGCACAUCAGCCUGAGGGACGAAGACGACUUAGAAGAGGAAGAAGAAGAAGAAGAAGAGUACGACAACAACGAGAGCGAACUAGUGGUCGUGGACGACGAGUGGGUGCCGCUGCAAAGCCACCCUGCCUUUUCCCGUAGAUGGCGAUCUACUUUCACUUCCCCUCAUUCCCCCUUUCGACAGCUUCCUCUGAACUACAUGGCAUGGGAUUCAAACUCUCAGCAUCUCUACGUUUGGGAUCCCAAAAAACGCCAUCUCUUCUGUCUGACGCUUAGGUUCAGCGGCCAUUCCAUUGAAGCUGCUUCCAAGUCGAAGAUUUUACAUGCAAGCAUUGAUUUGGGCUCCAUGGUUCGCUAUAUUUCCCUCAAUAGAACUGGGGACUUGUUGCUUCUAGCUGGUUCUCAAAAGCUUUUUGUUAUGUAUCUACAUGAACGAAGUUCUAUUGAAGAUGGUUCACUUGUUUGCAGGACAAUCACUGUUGGUGGUUCUCGAAUAUUUGUCCAUGGCAACAGCUUUACUCAAAUACUGCAAGCGUCCUGGCAUCCGUGUAGCGAUACACAUUUGGGAGUACUUUCUUCAGACUCUCUUUUUAGGUACUCUUUACUGGUAGUGCUUUUUGAUUUAUCUACUGAUUUGGAGCAGCCAGAGCAAGAGUUUUAUUUACAAGCAAUGCAGUGUAGCAAGAAUGCCUUACUGAUAUGCCUGGUUGCCUUCUCUUUUGGUGGUGAACAUCUAUGGGAUAGAUUUGCGAUCUUCUUUCUCUUUAGCGAUGGAUCCAUUUAUGUUCUUUGCCCAAUUGUUCCUUUCGGAAGCAUUUACAGCUUGGCAUCUAUUCAGGAAAUCUACAAAGAUGCCCAUCUCUUUGGCUUGAGGUCAUCCAAUUCCAAGGCUGUUAAUAAUGCUAGCCUUGCUCUUAAUUGGUUAGAAUCGACCUUUCCUGAGUUGGCUAAUAAAUCACUUGAAGGGGGUGUAGUAAAAGCACAUCCUUAUGUUCCAAUAGGCACCUCUCUUUCACUACAGGGUCCUCUUUGCAGGUUAUGUUCUGAAACUUCUGAUGGAGUAAGUGAACAAAAUGAUGCCCAGCAAGCAGGACGUGGACAAGCACUGGCAUUUUUUUGCAAUACGAUCCUUAAAGAUACUAUUAUAGCAACUGCCUGGAGUAGUGGGCUGCUCGAAAUCGAUGCCCUUGCCGAUGAAUUGCAACCAGUCUGGAACUAUGGUAGCUCACCUCGGCUGCGUGUUGAUGAUUUUGGCUGUGUUAUUGGAGUUGCAAUGAUUUGUGAGCAAAACUUGCAACAAUCUGACAAUGGGAAAAUUGAUCAGCUAAUUCAGGCGGUUGAUGCAGCUUGGAUGGGAUACACACCUCCUCUCUUUAGAUUGGCUAUCUUGGAUUUGUCGUUGAUGUCCAACAUGUUAAAUGAAUCCCCACUGUUGCUAGUGAGCGAUCCUCUCAUUCUUGAGAGAAUAUAUUAUGUCCAUGGUGGUGGUGUAGACUCCAUAAUACUGCAUUUUCUUCCAUUUUCUGAUCAGGUUGCCCGCAAGGAUGCCACUGCAAAAGCUCCUACCGUAACACCUAUUAUCAGUACAUUUUCUAGUGAAACCUAUACUUCAUCUGGUUUUCUUGGUUUUGUCACACUAGCAGAUGCAUUUGGGAACUCGUGGAUUUUAAGUUGUACAUAUUCUUUUGAAUGCUUUGUGAUAAAGGUAAGUGGCAUGGAUCUGGUGGAACCCUUUCUUAUCGAAGGGGAGAGGGAUUUAGAGUUCACUGAUCAUAAAGAAUCAUCAGAAACAGGUCCAUUGGAAAUUAUGAGCAAAGAGCUUCUCAAGGGUCCGAAGGACGUGCCUAUACCCAUGGUCUCUGCAAGUUUGCGCUCUUUGCCUGCUGAUUCUAUUGAAGGACGUGCAGCUCUUCAUCAUUAUUUCAAACUUUUCCAUGAAAAAUAUGUGGAGUACGCCCAUAAGGUCUAUGUCUCCCUUAAAUAUCAUGGAGCUCAUCUGAAGAAGGCCACAGAUGAUCAGCAGGCACGGUUAAAAGAGGUCCACCAGAAACUUGUAACUAUUGAGGAGAGUCAUUCUCGCUUUAAAAAUCAGUUGAAAGAGGCUUUUGAGACGAGCAGGCAGCUGGAGGUUCGGUUGCAGAGAUUCAGAAGCCUGCCUGGUGUCAUGUGGAAACCGCUUACCAACGCUGAGAAAGAAUUCAAGGCCGAGAUUGAGAGGUUUACACACCAAGAACUGGAUGAGUUGCGAUCAUCUGUUGAAGCCUUGGAAGCAAGACUCCAUAGAUACCUUCAGCCCUCGCAAGCCAGUAUGACAUAUUCACCGAAACAAACUGCAGGAAGGAGGAAAGCUCAUGCGUCAAAUGCUCAAGUUUUGCCACUGAAAACAUUAGUUGAAAGACUGUCACAGGUCAGCAUUGAAAAUUCAAAGAAAGUCGAACUUAUAGAGGGUGCAUUACAGAAACGGGAGGGGCAAGAACAGACGUAGAAUUUGUGUGCGCAUUUAUGUGCCAUGUUUUAUGCCUUCCCAUCAGGGAUGCAAUGUCAUCUUGACUUGACUUUUUUGGAAAUGCCAUUAAGAAGGGGCAGCUCUUACAGGGUUGUUUGUA